UAUUUCCUUUUACACCAUCCCAUUUAAACUAUGGUCUGUCAGACGGUAGGGUUCUUUGGCACUUUAGUAUACCUGCUCUGGCCCUCCUAUUCACUCAGUGUUUGGAGGGGUAAAAUCCCUCUGGUCUGAUCUAUGCGUUGUUGGUAAUCCAGUGCUUUAGCAGAUGCAUAGUGCAGAUUUAGCCCAGGAUUAGGGAGUGUCAUCAAGACGGUGGCACAGAAAUAUCCUCCUAGCAUUGCCUGAUUCUUGGACGGAAUGGCAAGAAAACAACUCGCUCGUGGUGUGCGUGCUCUGCCCCCCGGGCCAAGUCAAGACGCGGGUGAUGAGUUACCGGUCCAUAAAAGCAAAAAGAAGAAGUUGAAGAGUCAGGUGGAUGGUUUUCAAAGCCCUGAUGCUGACCUGGAGCUGGAGAUGACCCAGGUGACGGGUCUGAGCAGUCGCAGGGCGUCUGAGGUCGUCCAGCCCCUGACCCCUGUGUCACAGGAAGUAGCACCACAGAAGAGGAGGAAGAAGAAGAAGAAGGUAGCGACUGUAGAUCUGGAGGAUGAUCACGCUGACCUGGUAAGCGGGGACGACCUGGACCAGAACAUGGACAGGCCCGAAGAAGAGUUGCCCAAAAAGCCCAAGAGGAAGAAGAAGUCAAAAGUUCCAGAGACCCAGUAUGUCGACGACCUAGAUGUAGAGGACGAUGACAUCAUCACAGAUGCCCAGCCCCCUAUCCCCCAGCAUUCCCUGUUCUCUGCUCCCCUGGGACAGAGUCAGCCGGUGGGGAAGGUGUUUGUAGAGCGGAGCAAGCGCUUUCAAGCGGCUGACCGGUCCGAACAAAGGAAGUCGAGCAACCAGGCGGACAGCUUUAUGGAUAUCCAGCAGGUGUGGACCACCAAGGAAGUGUCUGUUAGGGUACAUGGUGGCUUCAGAGUGGUUGGUCUGUUCUGCCACGGUUUCCUGGCAGGCUAUGCAGUGUGGAACAUCAUACUGGUCUAUACUCUGGCUGGACAACAGCUGUCCGCUCUGCCGAACUUCUUGCAGCAGUACCACACCCUGGCCUACCCUGCUCAGUCGCUCUUCUACCUGCUACUGGCUAUAAGCACCGUGUCGGCCUUUGACAGGGUGAAUCUUGCCAAAGGCACCAUGGCUGUGAGAGAGUUUGUCACCCUGGAUCCAGUGGCUCUAGCCUCCUUCUUAUAUUUCUCAGCUCUAGUCCUCUCUCUCAGCCAGCAGAUGACCAGCGACCGCAUCAACCUCUACCUCAGUGCUAAUGGGACCUUGUGGUCUCCUGGGACAGAGCACCAGAUUCUUUACCCCUGGAUCAUUGUGAAUCUGGUAGUGGCUCUACUGGUGGGAAUGGCCUGGCUCUUCAUCUCCUCUCAGCCUGAGAAGGACCACACCGAAGGGUUCCUAAUGGCUAUGGAAGUUGAGUCCUUGAGACCAGAGGAGAAAUCCGAGAUAUCUACCUAAGGACAUUUUUUCUUUCUUGCACAUGUAUUUUUUUUAUUUUAUCAGUCAACAAAAAGGUACACAUAAUGGUAAUAAUAAGUUUAUUUUUGUAUGACCACUGGAAAUAAUACAAAUGUUAUCCAACAUAGAUGCUUCUGUGUCAUUUUCUUGUACCAGACGUAACAUAGUUAUGUAACAUUUGUGCCUUGCUUUGUUUAAUGCCACACCAUAAAAUCAAAUAAAUGUCCAACACAA